CUACAACACUGCCUUUCCAGUUACCAUUCCAGAGUUCCCCGCCCAAAUUUAUUCCCCCUUCCAUUGCUACAAACUCUCUGCCUCUUUCCGCAGGUUUUUUUUUUUUUUUUUUUCCUUUCUCACUUCAUUAUCUCAGACUAAUCUCCAGUGCUUAUCCACGCUUGAUUUUUUUCUUUUUGUCCCAAGUUGUUCUUGUUUAAUUCCUCUCCAGUGUUGUUUUCUGGCGUUUUUUCCAAAACCCAAAUUGAUAAGAACACGAAAUUAAAAAAAAAAAAAAAUCCCUUUUUUCGUUUUUUUAAUUCCUUUAUCUCAAACAAAUCUCCAUUGGUUAUUCGUGUUUGAUUUUCGUUUGUCGCUUUUGUGCCAAGUUGUUUGCUUGGUUUUUUUUCUUUUUCUUUUAUUUACUUUUGUCUCAAGUUUCUAUUUAGUUUUGUUUUCUCACCUCUUUCCAACAACCCAAAUUGAAAAGAACACGAAGAUGGAAGUCGCAGGAUUUGCAAUUGAAAUUUUCAAAUAUACAACUGUUUGUUGCCUUUCUAGGAUCAGAUUUGUUUUUCAAUGGAAAAAGAAUUUGGAGAGGUUGCGAGAUAUAGUUUCGAGGCUGGAGUCUCAAAGAAACGCGCUGCAGCAGUAUAUUGACGAGGCUAUACAACUAGGCGAGAUGAUUGUGCCUAGCGUCGAGCGUUGGAUGCAUACUACAGAAGAGUUCAUUCAUAACGUGAAUUUAUUAUUGGCUGGCGAAGAUCUAGGCAGGAAGAUGUACUGCUUCAGGACGUGUCCUAAUCUUCCGGCUCGGUACCGAUUCAACAAGGCAGCAGUCAGGUGUGUGGAAGUAGCAGAUUUCCUGCUUUGUAGAUAUGAGGAUUUCAACGCAAUUUCAUACUCUUCUGUUCCCGUUCCUGUUCAAAGGCGAGAUGUUGAUUACCUAAGGAGAAAUCAGGAACUGGCUGAGGCUGCCAAUUUUGAUGACUCUGAGAACUUCAACUCCAGAAGGCGUGUUCUGAAGGAUAUCAUGGAGGCACUUCUAAGUCCAGGGAUCAACAGCAUAGGAGUGUACGGGGCGGCUGGUGUGGGGAAAACGAUGCUGGUUGAACAAAUUAAAACAAAAGCUGAGAAAGUGAAGCUGUUUGAUGUUGUUGUUAUGGCUAAAGUGACAAAGAAUCGAGACUGGAGAAGAAUUCAAGAUGAGAUUGCUCGUGACUUGGGGAUAGAGCUGCAUGAUAGAGUUACAGAGGAGGAAGCUGCUGACCGAAUAAAGUCAAGGCUGACAAACAGGAAGAAGCUCAAGCAGCCUCUAGGUGAAAAAAAUGAGGAAAUAUCAUCAGAGUGUACUGUAUUGCUGACCUCAAGAAAUCCUCGUGUUUUAUCACACGACGGUAGCAUGCAUACUCAGAUAAUUGAAGUUCCCAAGUUAGAAGAUGGAGAAGCAUGGAAGCUUUUUCGGAAGACAGCAGGUUUGGAGAAUACUCAUAAGAAGAUGAAGGAAGCAGGUGAGAAUACUCAUAAGAAGAUGAAGGAAGCAGGUGAGAAUACUCAUAAGAAGAUGAAGGAAGCAGGUGAGAAGGCUGGAAAUCAAUUUUUGCUGACUAUUGCAGAGGAGAUUUCCAAGAGGUGUGAAGGAUUACCAAUUGGCAUUGCAACACUUGCAGAUACUUUGAAAGAUAAGGAUCCACAAAAGUGGAGGAUUACUCUACUUCGGCUUCAAAAGAACCCAAAUUUGAAUGGGAUAUCACCAAGCCUUUAUUCAGCUAUCGAGUUGAGAUAUAGUGAUUUGAAAAGCAAGGAACUCAAACAAAGUCUAUUGCUUUGUAGUCUAAUGGGUCAUAAUGCUGGCCUUCAAGACUUGUUGAAGUAUGGCAUAGGAUUGGGAUUAUUCCCAAGAGCCAAAUCUAUGGAGAAAGCAAGAGACGAAGCACUGAAAUUGGUGAAUGAACUGAUAAGAGACUAUUCCUUGUUGCUGGUUGGCGGUAGCAAUAUGCAUUUUGAUAUGCAUGAACCAAUUCGAGGAGUUGCCAUAUCAAUCGCUUCUGGGGACCAUGGUGUGCUAGCCUUCACAAAAGAUGCAGCUAAGGACAGGUUAAACGAGAAGGCAUUGAAAAAAUCCAAAUGGAUUUAUUUAUCAAAUGUUGAUGCUAGUGAGCUUCCAGCUGAGUUAAAAUGUCCACAGCUCACUUUCUUUCAUUUGUCUGCCAACAAUGAUCGCCAAGCAAUUCCAAAUUACUUGUUUAGGGGAGCGGAAGGACUCAGGGUUUUGGGUUUGACUAAAGUGCGUUUUGAGUCAAUCCCCCUGUCAAUUUCACUCCUAAUAAAUCUUCAUACCCUAUGUCUGGAUCAGAGUGAGUUUGAUAAAGAUUUAAACAUUGGCUCCAUUAUUGGGGAGCUGAAGAAUUUGCAAGUGCUCAGCCUUGCGAGGUGUGAUAUCCAGAAGCUGCCAGAGGAAAUAGGGAAGCUGAUAAGGCUGAAGUUUUUAGAUUUGAGUGACUGUACUAAACUCACAGCAAUUCCACGAGAUGUCUUGUCAAAAUUAACCCAGUUAGAAGAAUUAUAUCUGGGAAACAGCUUUGACCAAUGGCAGUCUGACAAGAAAACAAAUGCUAGCCUUGAGGAGUUGAGACAAUUGGAAAACCUAACGGCUUUAGAGGUUCGCAUUCAUUGUAUCGAUAGGAUUCCAGAUGGCUUAUUCUCUGUAGAAUUGAAACGAUACAAGAUUUUCAUAGGAGAUGUGUGGAAUUAUUGGGACAGUUCUUUUGAAAACUCGAAAAUGCUAAAGCUGAAGCUGGGUCGAAGCACUAGUUUUGAUUAUUCAGUCAGAAAGUUGCUAAAACAGGCAGAGGAACUGCAUCUGGAGAUGUUGAAUGGUGUCAAGAAUGUAGUUAAUGAGUUAGAUGAUCAUGCCAAACGGCUUCUUCAUCUUCAGGAAAUUAGAGUGACAGACUGCAGUGAAAUAGUAGAGAUUUUUUAUGAUGAGGGGCAAGGGGAUGAUGAAGAGGAAGAAGACACUGAUGAUAUUACUGAAGCAACUGAUUUAAUUAAGCUUGCCAAGCUUAAGUGCUUGAGAAUACAACAUCUGCCAAAGUUCAUUAGUUUCAGCCAUGAAAAGGAAGCAAACAUUUCAUUUUUCAAUGAAAAGCUUGGGGUUCCAGAGCUGCUAGAGUUGCAAUUAUCCUGGAUUACUAUUAAAACGAUAUGGCCUGCCGGACUUUCACCAACACCUGACAGCCAUUGGAAGCUGACAAAACUGAUAAUUGAGGGCUGUAAUAAUUUAGAAAAUAAAUUCUCCUCAUCUAUUGUUAGAUGUCUAGUGAAGCUUAAGCACCUCGAAAUAAGGGAAUGCAAGAUUCUGAGAGAAAUCAUUGUCACAGAAAAUGCAGAAGAAAAGGACAAGAUUUUGUUCCGUGAGUUAAACUUCCUGCAGAUAGAAAAGCUUCAAAACCUCAUUGGAUUCUACUCAGGAAAUUACAGAAUCAAGUUCCCAUCAUUGAAACAAUUGGCUAUAGAUAACUGCCCAGAGCUGAAGGGGUUCGUGGUAGACUCUACUAGCGUCACUGACACCUCUACUAGCACCACGGACACUGCUCUCUUUGAUGACAAGGUUGCAUUUCCUAAUUUGGAAAGGAUGACUAUCUCCCUCUUGAAAAACUUGAAGAUCCUAUGGCGCAAAUUCCCUAAGAAGGAAAAUUCCUUUGAAAGAUUAAACUUCCUGAGCAUAGAAGACCUUCAGAACCUGAUCGCACUCUGCUCCGAGGGUUAUUGUACUGAGUUCUCAUACUUGAAGCAGUUGACUAUAGAGAAAUGCCCAAAGCUGAAUGGAUUCGUGAAAUCAGAAUCUAUGAAAGAAGCCCUCUUUGAUGAGAAGAUUGCAUUUCCUAAAUUGGAACGGUUGAGUAUCUCUCACUUUAACAGCUCGAUGAUCAUAGGGAAAAACGUCGCUGAAAAUUCCUUUUGCAACUUAAAAUCAUUGAGAGUUACAUGUUGUCAGAAUCUAUCAUUCAUUUUUCCAUCUAACAAUGACAUGCUGAGAAAACUCUUGAAGUCACUGGAGAAGUUAGAAAUAAUUGGUUGCAGUUCAGUAGAAGAGGUGUUUGAACUUGGACAACAGUCAGAGAUCACAGCAUCAGAUGCUCAAAUAACCGAAUCAGAUGCUGAAAACUAUCAAUUUAAAGAAUUGUAUAUUGAUCAGCUACCAAAAUUACAGCAUGUAUGGAAAAAGAAUCUCCAAGAAAUUGACACUUUUCAGAACUUGGAACCAGUGACAGUUUCCAGAUGUGAGGAUCUCAACCAUCUGUUUCCAUUUUCUUUGGCCAAAAGCCUUUUCAAACUUAAAAGGCUGAAAAUACGAUCCUGCACUAGUCUGGAGGAAAUUGUUGCCAUGAAAUCAGCGGUCGAAGAAGAAGAAGUCAACUUUGAGUUUGAUUCCUUUUCCUGCCUUAUACUUCACUCCCUGCCAAGACUUAGAUGUUUCUACCCAGGGAAACACAAGAAAAGUUGGCCAGCAUUAGAAAAGUUCUACUCUUAUCAUUGUGGUGAAACGAAGAUCACAAAUAAGCAGGGCCAACCUGAAUCCGCAGUUGAACUCCCACUUUUCUCGCUGGAAAAGGUUGCAUUUCCUAAUUUGGAAAGGAUGACUAUCUCCCUCUUGAAAAACUUGAAGAUCCUAUGGCGCAAAUUCCCUAAGAAGGAAAAUUCCUUUGAAAGAUUAAACUUCCUGAGCAUAGAAGACCUUCAGAACCUGAUCGCACUCUGCUCCGAAGAUUAUUGUACUGAGUUCUCAUACUUGAAGCAGUUGACUAUAGAGAAAUGCCCAAAGCUGAAUGGAUUCGUGAAAUCAGAAUCUAUGAAAGAAGCCCUCUUUGAUGAGAAGAUUGCAUUUCCUAAAUUGGAACGGUUGAGUAUCUCUCACUUUAACAACUCGAUGAUGAUAUGGAAAAAACUUGGGGAAAAUUCCUUUUGCAACUUAAAAUCAUUGAGAGUUACAUAUUGUCAGAAUCUAUCAUUCAUUUUUCCAUCUAACAAUGACUUGCUGAGAAAACUCUUGAAGUCCCUCGAGAAGUUAGAAAUAAUUGGUUGCAGCUCAGUAGAAGAGGUGUUUGAACUUGGACAACAGUCAGAGAUCACAGCAUCAGAUGCUCAAAUAACAGAAUCAGAUGCUGAAAACUAUCAAUUUAAAGAAUUGUACAUUGAUCAGCUACCAAGAUUAAAGCAUGUAUGGAAUAAGGAUCUCCAAGAAAUUGACACUUUUCAGAACUUGGAAUCAGUGACAGUUUCCAGAUGUGAGAGUCUCAACCAUCUGUUUCCAUUUUCUUUGGCCAAAAGCCUUUUCAAACUUAAAAGGCUGAAAAUACAAUCCUGCACUAGUCUGGAGGAAAUUGUUGCCAGGAAAUCAGCGGUCAAAGAAGAAGUCAACUUUGAGUUUGAUUCCUUAUCCUGCCUUAUACUUCACUCCCUGCCAGGACUUAGAUGUUUCUACCCAGGGAAACACAAGAAAAGUUGGCCAGCAUUAGAGAAGUUCUACUCUUAUCAUUGUGGUGAAACGGAGAUAACAAACAAGCCGGACCAAGCUGAAUCCGCUGUUGAACUCCCACUUUUCUCUCUGGAAAAGGUAUGAUCCCUUUUAGCUAGCUUUUAUUAGUGCAUGUACAAUGGUGCUCUAUUUGCUUCUUCUUUUCCUAAAAUAGGACAAAGACAGAGUUUUGGUCCAUUAGAGAAGAGUUCUAAAAUGAGAAACGUUCUUAGCAUGCAACAUGUUGGGUUUUUAUUUUUUAACCCAAAAAAAUGUUCGAUCUUGCUACAGCGCCGGACUUUGCAAUCCUUUGAUCCAGCAGCCUAUGCCAUUCGAUCAAAGGCCUUUCUUUUUUUUCCUUUGUAAUUUUUAAUUAAUUCAAAAUUUUGUU